AUGGCAGCUGUAGGUACUUCAAAUUUUGAUUGUUUAGAAAUAAAAACCCGUAGUAUAGAACAAACCCUGCUACCUCUGAUUAAACAGAUAUCUUCUUUAGUUGAAGCUCAUGGUAGCGUGGGAGCAUUGCGGUCGUCGGCGGUUGCAAGAGUUGGUCAAGCAGUUAAUGUCGCCGUUGAACGAUUCGUCACAGUUGGAGAAACUAUUGCCGAUGACUACAGUGAAGUCCGCGAGGGAAUGUAUGAAGCCUGUAAAGAGGCGAGACAAGCCGGAAGUGCUAUCGAGCGGAUAUGUGAGGAAGCGGAAGUGGAUGAUGCAAUAGGAGAUAGAACAGCACUUGUGAGAGCAUCACGUUGUCUUCUUGGAGCAAUUACUCGAGUCCUUCUACUGGCAGACAUCGUUGUAGUGAAACAACUCCUAUUGGCCAAAGACAAGGUGGAACGCAGCUUGGACAGAUUAGAGUCAGUGAAUAACUUUACAGAGUUCGUAAAAGCGUUCAGCCAUUUCGGUUCCGAGAUGGUAGAGUUGGCACACCUGACCGGAGACCGACAAAACGACCUCAAAGACGAACGGAGAAGAGCUCAAAUGGCUGCUGCGCGGCAAGUUUUAGAAAGAUCUACUAUGAUGCUUCUUACGUCGAGUAAAGCAUGUUUGCGACACCCCGAUAGUGGAACGGCGAGAGAAAAUAGGGACACCGUGUUCUGCCAGAUGCGACGGGCGAUGGAUUUAAUACAUUUCGUCGUAAAGGACGGUGUCCUGAACUCGAAUGAAGCGAACCCUCCGCCACCAUCACAUAAGGACGCGCUUGAUGCCGACAGGUCAACUGUUUAUUCCUGCAUGAGGAACCUGCAAAAUCUUUUAGAGCUCAGCCGCGUCACUUUGGACAGCGCGUGCCAUGACACUCUGCCAAACGCCUUAGAAGCCGUUUUGGAACGAACUCAGGACUUUACUGAUAGUGCCUACACCAAUCACGAACAUCGGCAAGCGAUACUUGAUGGUACCGAAAGACUUAAAAAUGAACUCGAUCAUCUUUUAGGACUUUAUGCAAAUGUGAUCGGAUUUGAAGGUGCUGCAAAUUGCCCGGAGUUAGAAGCGUGCGUAAACGCAACGGUGACCGCAGCUAAAGAUUUAGCAAGAAAUUUAGCACAAGCAGCUCUUCAACAAGCGCAAGAAUUGAACACGGCGACGAAACAAGGUCAGGAACUGGUAUCUACUGUAAAGCAACAAGCAAGUUUAAGUGAUAUAGACAGACUGCAUCACACCUCCGAAGCCUUUCACGAUUCAAUCGAUCACAUUUUAGAAGUGUGUAAGUUAUUAAGACAAGUAGCGAUAUCUGAAACACUUCAAGUAUCGGCUAGAUUUUCAGAAAUUAAUUUGAGAGUAUAUGGGCCACAGGUAAUUACGGCCGCUAAGACUUUGGCUCAGUAUCCCGGAAGUAAGAUAGCACAGGAAAACUUAGACGUCUUCGCUGAUAUGUACCAGUGGUUGGUUUCGGACGUAACGGCCGUAGUAAAGGGAGUUUUGGACGCGAGCCAAUCGAGACCUGAAAAGCAAGUGUACAUGUCCUUGCCAAGGCCAGGGAAACACGGAACUACCUCGAAACCUCUCAAGUCGGUACGUUUAGAUGUAGACGAACAGGAAAAGAUUGCCAAGUCUGGUUUGGAAAUGAAACUUAUCACCAGUGAAAUGGAUGCGGAAACGGAAAAAUGGCAAGAAUCAAGUACACAACUUGAAGAAAAUAACGAUAUAGUUAAGCGAGCGAAAAACAUGUCGGCAAUGGCAUUCUCAAUGUACCAAUUUACAAAAGGAGAGGGAGCACUAAAGACAACACAAGACUUAUUUACCCAAGCUGAAUAUUUCGCAGAAGAAGCGAACAGGUUGUACAAAGUUAUUAGGCAAUUUAGUUAUCAGGUUCCAGGUGGAUCGAAUAAAAAGGAGCUUUUGGAACACUUAGACAAAGUGCCAACGUUCGUACAAAGGUUACAAUUUACAGUUAAAGAUCACACGGUCGGAAAGGCAGCCACUUUCACAAAAGUGGAUAACGUCAUUCAAGAAACGAAAAACCUUAUGAAUGUUAUUUCAAAGGUCGUAACUACAUGCUUUGAAUGUGCUACUAAAUAUAAGCUAGAAUUUCGCGGAAGUGGUGCUGGAAAUGGACGGGGAUCAGGUGGUGAUGGAGGCUCCUCCAGUGGCGGAGGAAGUGGAGCAGACAAUAAGGGUGGAGGAGCAACCGGUCAAGAUUCAAGUUUAUGACAGUUGGGGAUGUCCAGGCGCAACAAAGGAGACUCGAGACGCACUCGGGUCUCCUUCUUGUUGUUCUAGGACAUCUAUAUCCAAUUGCUGCCGGUUCAUCCGUGUUCAAAAAAGCCGUUACGUUUUGCGAAAUCAUUCGUUGUUAUACGUUUAAAAAGAAAAAUAGUCGGAGAGGCGUUCGUUUAGUUUUUUUGAAGAUGAGAAACGGUCGAGACGUUUAUUUUGCAAUCGAAACAGGUGUAAAGCAUGUGAUAAUUAAUAAAAAAGUACUAGAUUUUACGAUGAAUUGAAACAGAGAAAUUAAUAAAUGUUAAAAUAAUUAAAAAAAAAAAACUGUUGUGUUUAUAGAACUUAGAUGGAAAUAAAAACAUAAACUGAUAACACCAAUAAUUUUAGAGACGAUUUUAACACUUAAUCUAUUCCAAUAAAUUGAAGAUUGAAAGAACGUUUUUGUAGAUUUCAAUUUAUUUUUGUUAAUGAAGUACUGCCAUUAAUUUAGAUAAAUGUUAAUAAUUAAUUUAUUGGAAAAGAUUAACUGUUUAUUUAAAAAAAAGCCAUGGAAAAACCAUACUCCUCUCGCCCGUUCUGAUAUAUAAUAUAAUCUCUGACUAUUUAAAUUACACCGACGCAUGGGCUUCUCAUAAAUGUCUUCCAUUCGUAACGCGACAUAUAAUGUGCUGGUAAAUAGAAACCCACACAACAAUGAAAAUAAAAAGAACAAAUUUCCAUGGACUUAUUUACUAGAAAUGUCGAAAGAAGAUAAAAAAAAAACAAUCAAGUGAACAUGACUGUGUAAAAUCAUCUUAAGCUGUAAUAAUAUAAUUCAAAAGAAAAAGUAAUAUGUAACUAAAUAAAAUAAAUAAAAUAGAUUCAGCGAUAUUGUUAUGUAAAUAUCGACGAUAAUAGCCUUUUUACAUUUUUUGUACCUACUGAUACGUAGAAACCCAAUGUGAUCUCUAUUGAGCGAUCAUUAAAAUAAAAAGGAAUAAACUAAAAAUAAUAAUUUUGGUUCAACUUAUUUUAAUGAUCAUUAUUAAUUAUUAUGCGUUAAGUUAUCCAUUUCAUCAUUUCUUUUAUAGAUUAAAACAAUUCUCUCGUGUCAUUUUCACAUUAAAUUUAAAUCUUAAGACGUUAAAUACAAAGUUAAUAAUAAUAAACCGUGUAUCUGAUGUUUUAUAUCCACUUGAGUACUCGGUUAUAAGGAUUUUAGUGCACUAGACGAAAAUAUUCGGUAUUUGGUGGAUAUACAUAAUUGUGAUGCAUUCAUAUAAAUAAUAUAUUGAUAAUACCGAGAACAAUAAUAAUUAGAACAAUAUCGCAGAGUAUUAUUUUUACACGGGGCAAUAAAUAAACAAAUAUUCGAAAUGGAAGCCAAACAGCUGGAAUAUUUUUGUCUCGUAAAUUUGUAUAGUAUCUAACAUAAAUUGUUGUGCCUAUAAAAAGCGAAUCAUAAAGGUAGAAUAGGCGAAAUUAAAUUUGUAGGAUGGAUGUUAAGAAAAAAGAUUGGUUAUUAUGUUAUAGAAUAUUCUUAUUGUAGAUAUUAAUAAUAAAAAUCAUUCAAAAUUUCUAAAUUAAUACAAAAACAUCGCACAAUAUUAAGCAUUUUUAAAGCCUCAUUUUAUCACGAGCAAUACUCAAAAUUUAUUCAAAAAUCUUUGUGAUAAUUAUAAUUGUCAAAACGACUUAGGCCUAAUACCAUUAAUACGAAUCUAAAAAUUGUUAUUAAACAUAUCAUCUAAUUAUUUUUUAAUCGCUUAUAAAGCAAUACUUAAACAACAAACACAAGCAAUAUUUAACUUGUUAAAUCCCAAAAAAAUAUUGUGCGAUGUUUUCUUUUUUGUACUAUAAUAAUUAACCGUUACGACGACAACUAUGUGAAAUUUUAACUUAUGUAUAGCAAUAUAUUGAUGUUCUAGUUGAUGUGUGCAUCUUUGGGAUAUCUUUAAAAAUGCGUUCAAUAUUAUAACUUUUAAAAUGCAAAAUUUCUUGUAGCACAUAAUUUCUUCGAUCGUUUUCCUUAAACAUAUUUCGAUUCUCGAGAAAUAAACCAUCGUACGGCGCUCGUUAAGUUUUAAUCUUAGUUGAACCCAAGGUUUGUGAAGUAGAUUUUAUAUAGUUACAAAGAAGAAUAUUUUCGUGAAACCAGUAGAACCUAGAUUUUGUACCUCUUACGAUAAAAAUAAGAAAAAAAAUCAAAUAAAACGAGUAAUUGUUAAAAACAUGGUAUGAACUUAGCGUGUAAACAAGUCGAUGUAAUUUAAGGACGAAAAGUUUCUAUAAUAUUUGUGUGGUUUUAUGUACGGUGAUUGAAUAUAUGAUACUAAGCAAUUAUAUCUGAUAAUCUGUUUAAA